CCUCUGCUAAUCUAUUCUACAGAGAGACGAUUUAAAAAAAAAAUCACUUGCAGUCAAAAAUUUUGAAAUUUAUCUUCAAUCAUUCAUCCCAAUUCUUGAAUUGAAAAACCAGGAUCAAGAAUUCAGGAUAAACUUGUUUGGUUGGUUCGGCUGUGAGACCGAAACUGAACCGGAGUAACUGACUAAUUCGAACCGGCCUUCCUUCCGUUAAUCCGAGUUCGCUGUUCAAAAUCAAAGGCGAGUGGAUGAUUUUCGGUAGGCUCUCUUUCGUCCUUGUGUCACUUGCCCUGAAACAACAGAGGCAGCUGUAGAAUUGUUUGGAUUCUACCUUCUAAAUUGGAGUAAAUAAUCGAUAAAAUAUGGCGUUCACAUUGUUUAGAAACAUUCAAACCCACCCUUUAUUGCUAUAUCCAACUGCAUUCUUUAGAAGAAAUAAUUUUGUUUUCUACUGCAUGAUGAAAAGCACCACGCAAAGUCAAACAGCUACUCGAGAAAACCAGCACAGUCCGCAAAUUAAAGUUUCACCACAAACCCAGUCCAAAACCCUUGAUAAACUCACAAAAGAUUAUGAGGCAAUCAUUGGUAUAGAAACCCAUGUCCAACUCUCUACUUUAACCAAGGCCUUCUGUGGCUGCCCUUAUAACUAUGGGGCUCAACCAAACUCCAGUAUCUGCCCCAUUUGUAUGGGUUUACCUGGUGCUUUACCAGUGUUGAACUCUAGAGUUAUUGAAUUUGCUGUGAAAUUAGGCCUUGCACUUAAUUGCAAGCUGUCUUUGAACUCAAAGUUUGAUAGAAAACAGUACUUUUACCCUGACCUUCCAAAGGGAUACCAGAUAUCUCAGUUUGAUGUACCAAUCGCAAUUGGUGGUCACAUUGAUUUAGAUCUCCCUGUGGAAUUUGGUGGUGGGCAUAGAAGGUUUGGCAUUACCAGGGUUCACAUGGAAGAGGAUGCAGGGAAGCUGCUUCAUUCAGGAAAUGGAAGUUAUCUUGACAAUGUUUAUCAUUUUUUGCAGGUUGAUCUGAACAGGGCUGGGGUACCAUUGCUUGAGAUUGUUUCUGAACCUGAUAUGAGGAAUGGUAUUGAAGCUGCAGAAUAUGCAGCAGAACUACAGCGGGUGGUUAGGUAUUUGGGAGUGAGCAAUGGCAAUAUGCAGGAAGGUUCUCUUCGCUGUGAUGUGAAUGUUUCAAUUCGACCGAUUGGGCAAUCAGAGUUUGGAACGAAGGUUGAGGUAAAGAAUUUAAACUCAUUUUCAUCAAUUAAUAGGGCCAUUGAUUUUGAGAUAUCAAGGCAAGUGCUCCUCCACAGUCAAGGCCAAGGUGAUUCAAUUGUACAAGAAACUAGACUUUGGGAAGAAGGUUCUCAGAAAACAGUUUCAAUGAGGAAAAAGGAGGGGCUUUCUGAUUAUCGAUAUUUUCCUGAACCAGACCUUCCAGAAGUUAUUAUCACAAAAGAAUAUGUUGAUAGUAUCCGAAAUUCUUUGCCAGAACUUCCAGAAAUGAAGCGUCGGAGAUAUGAGAGCAUGGGCCUAAGCAUGCAGGAUGUUCUUUUCCUUGCAAAUGACAUAAGUGUUGCAGAAUUUUUUGAUGCAACCAUUGCAAAGGGUGCUGAUGUGAAGCUGGCUACCAACUGGAUAAUGGGUGAUAUUGCUGCCUACAUGAAAAAUGAAAAAGUGUCUAUAAAUGAGAUCAAACUUACCCCUCAAGAGCUAGCUGAGCUGAUUGCAUCAAUUAAAGGUGGCACCAUUAGUGGAAAGAUUGGGAAAGAGAUACUGUUUGAGCUCAUAGCCAAAGGCGGAACUGUUAAGGGACUGAUAGAAGAAAAGGAUCUUGUUCAGAUUGUAGAUCCUGCUGAAAUUGAGAAAAUGGUGGUUAAAGUAAUAUCUGAGAAUCCAAAGCAGUUGGAACAAUAUCGUGCAGGCAAAACCAAGCUACAAGGUUAUUUUGCAGGCCAGGUGAUGAAAGUAUCAAAAGGUAAGGCAAAUCCAGGCCUUCUGAACAAGAUCCUUCUAGAAAAAUUAAAUGACAAAAGUUGAAAGUUAAUAGCUGGAGAACAUUAAUCUUGACCUGCUAUUGGGAAGCCAUUGCUGAUCCUUGGACUUGAUUUGGCUGAUUUGCAAUCUAAAACAGUUUAGCUUGCGAACCAUUGUCUUGUCUGUCCAACAGGGAGAAGAAAACUUAGGCUCUUACCAGUCCAACAGGGAGAAGAAAAUGUAGGCUCAAAACACGCGCGGAAACUGACGGCAUCUUGUUAUGGUACCAUGCGUGAUUAAGGACAUCACUUCAUACAGAGACAGGGGCAUCGGAAUUUGCUUGUAAUUUCUCUUGUUUUGCUGUUACAAGUCAAUAUUGAGCUGCAACUUCUUGUUAUGCACUCAAAUAAAUUGAUGCUGUGCCAAUUAUGUAUUUCUUUUCCCUUCUAGAUCAUUUCCACGUUAUAUCACUUGAUUAUGAGAAGAUUUACCCUUAAUCACUAGGCUUUGUUUUAGUGGACAAGGAGAACGUGUUAUGUCACUACGCUCGAUUUGUUUUCCAUA